UUUCAAAGAGAGAAAGAAAGACAAGGGGUUUUGGUUUUGGUUUUCGGCAUGGAGAAACACAUGGUGAAGGAAGAAAUAGUUGAGGUCGUAAAUAGAGAAGGAGAGGAACAAGAACAACAACAACAACAACAUGAGGGGGGUGCCAUUGCUGGUGGUGAAGAGGAUGAGGCUGUUUCCACCAUAACUAUGGAAAGGGUUGCUGCUGCUAAGAAAUUCAUUGAGAAUCAUUAUAGGUCUCAGAUGAAACACAUCCAAGAACGCAAGGAAAGGCGUUCGGAGCUGCAAAAGGAGUUAGAAUCGUCGCGUGUACCGGAAGAGGAACAGAUCAAUUUACUGAAGGAUUUAGAGAGCAAGGAGACUGAGUAUAUGAGGUUGAAAAGACAUAAAAUAUGUGUUGAUGAUUUUGAUCUUUUAACCAUUAUUGGCAGGGGAGCCUUUGGUGAGGUAAGACUCUGUCGCGAGAAGAAAUCGGGUAUUAUAUAUGCGAUGAAAAAGUUGAAAAAAUCUGAAAUGCUCAGCAGGGGACAGGUUGAGCAUGUUAGAGCUGAAAGGAAUGUACUUGCUGAAGUUGUCAAUGACUUCAUUGUGAAACUUUAUUACUCAUUUCAAGAUCCUGAAUUCUUAUAUCUUAUAAUGGAAUACUUACCUGGUGGCGAUAUAAUGACUUUGUUGAUGAGGGAAGAAACUUUGACAGAAAGUGUGGCUCGAUUUUACAUCGCCCAAACCGUUUUGGCCAUAGAGUCUAUUCAUAAACACAAUUACAUUCAUCGGGAUAUAAAACCUGACAACCUUCUGUUAGACAAAUUCGGUCACAUGAAACUGUCGGAUUUCGGUCUUUGCAAACCACUUGACUGCUCAAAUCUAUCAUCUAUAAAUGAAAAUGAAAUAUUGGACGAUGAUAACUUGAAUGAUACAAUGGACGUUGAUGGAAGUUGCCCAAAUAACAGAAAUGGUAGGCGUUGGAAAAGUCCGCUCGAGCAACUUCAACAUUGGCAAAUGAAUAGGAGGAAGUUGGCCUUUUCUACUGUUGGAACUCCCGACUAUAUUGCUCCGGAAGUGUUAUUGAAAAAGGGUUAUGGUGUGGAGUGUGACUGGUGGUCUCUCGGGGCUAUUAUGUAUGAGAUGCUCGUCGGUUAUCCUCCAUUUUACUCUGAUGAUCCUGUAACAACAUGCCGAAAGAUUGUGCACUGGAAAAAUCACUUAAAAUUUCCGGACGAGGCGAGACUGACGCCUGAAGCAAAAGAUCUGAUAUGCAAGUUGCUUUGUGGUGUUCCGCAUAGGCUUGGCACCAGAGGAGCAACUGAAAUUAAAGCUCAUCCUUGGUUCAGAGAUAUCUUAUGGAACAGGCUGUAUGGAAACGAGGCAGCAUUUAAACCGCGAGUCAUUGGGGAGCUUGACACUCAGAAUUUUAUGAAAUUCGAUGAGGUUGAACCGCCAAAGUCAGCUCGAGCAGGAUCCGGACCCAGAAAGACGCUCCUAACUACUCAAGAUCUCAGUUUCGUUGGCUAUACAUAUAAGAAUUUUGCCGCUGUCAAGGGGAAGCGUCAUUCUAACGAAAAGGAAAGCCUGUCGCCACGGUCAUCAAUCGACUCCACACACAGUAAUCAAACCUAGAAAACUUUGAUAACUAAUUCUACAUUCAUUCAGUUACGCGAUUCUAACGGACGCGUUUUAUUAUAGGUGAUUCUGCAGUAAACUAUUCCAACUGAUACAAAAUGGAUAUCACAAAAACAUAGGUGGUUGCACCCUAUGGUGCUUGUGAAAAGUUACCUACCUAACCUUAUUUUUCAUGUACAUUAUUACCUUCUCGAAUAGCGAAUAGAUGAAGAUGCACCUUCAUUGAUGAUGGUGUCUUUUGGCCUUACUUUUGGUGCUAACAACAGACACAUAUCAUGCUGAACUUAGUGUACAGAGAUUGAUAUCUAUGUAUAUUUAGGAAUGGUUCACUUGUUGUAACUCUAUCUCUGUAGCAUGGACACUUCUGUAAAAAUUUGUGUCUGUGUUAGUGUCCGUGUCCGAAAUUGACACUGACACUUUUGAUUACAUUUAGUUUAUUCAUUAAAUUAUUACUGGUUCCAAUGUUUAUGUGUGAGAGCUUCAUAAAACUCUAUCUACUAGUUGUGAUAUAUAUGUGAAAGUUUUGAAGCCAAGUUGACAUUUGUAAUGUUGACAUAAUGACAAAAUUGGUAUCAAUAGCAACUUUGUUUA